AUGGGGUACCACCGGCGGGACUCCUUGUUGCCCCUGAGGUGGAGGGUCGCACACACUUCCCGCUGGAAGGUGCAGGUGCUCACCUCGGUGCUCAGCCUGAUUGCCUUCACCAUGCUGCUGAUCAUGUCCUUCUCCAAGGGCUGGCUGUACCUGUCCACCAUCCGCUUCCUACAGCGCUGGCCUGAGCACGUCAGGCAGAGCAUCAUCAUCUCUGCCGGGAUCUUGUCCCACGGACCCCUGCAAAACUGCAUAUUCCAGAGCUGUUCCUACUCGGAGGAGGAAGACUUUUUGGAGCUGUGGACGGAUCACCCGUUCUUUGGAGUGUCCAAGGUCACCUUCAACCUGUCCCUGUUGGUGGGCUUCCUCCAAACCGUCUGGCUGUACCUGCCAUACGUCCCCAGCCUUCGCAGAGUGCCCUUAUUUGGCUGCAUUGGGUGGCACGCUGCUGGCAUUGACCUUUCUGUUUCCUGUCUCCUAGUUGCCUGCCUUUUCACCAGCCUCCACUGUUUUUCAAUUAAUAUCUGGCUCUACGAGUUGAAGCAGAAUUUCUCAGUCUACCUCGGGUGGAGCUAUUUCAUCGGUUGGGUGGUGUUUAUGCUCUAUCUCAUCUGCGCGUUCCUCUGCUACUUCAACAAUAAAAAGUUCUGGAGUCUGAUUGUCAGCACUACCUCUAGCAUCAUCUCCUUCAGCAGCAGCAGAAGCAGGUCAAGGUCAUCUUCUCUGGUUACAGAGUCCUAAACAUCUCUGUCAACUGGGAAGAAGCCCGGGAUCUGAUCAAG